AUGAUAAUGAGCGUUAAUGGUGAUGAUUCGAGUGAACUGCCUGAUUAUUUUGAUAAUGUUUUAUUACAGCACAUCGAUAAAAAUAAUUGUUAUCAGCAUGAUGUUGCCGAACAUACGAUGGACUCUGGCUAUUUGACAUUUUUUUCCUUCUCAUUAUCAUCGUCGCAGUGUUGCUCUCCCAAUCAUUCAGUAUUACUUCCACAACAGCCAACUGAUAUUGUUCUUAUCGAUUAUGAACAAGAAAUUAAAGAAGACACAUCAUUAAACAGUGCAUAUUUUUCAUCCUAUGAAGAUUAUGAGAUAUAUUUAAAAACAAAAAAGUAUAUUGAUAUAUUUACUCGUUUAUCUCAACACAGUGUAUUUCAUCUUAUUAAUAAAAUUUUAAGUUAUUUAUCUGCGAAUGAUAUUGAACACUGUUCAUACGUUUCACGCAAUUGGUAUAAUAUCCUUGGUAAAUAUUAUUUCGAACAAAAUGAACAUAAACAGUUUAAAAAUGUUAAACGAAAUUUAUUUUCAAGUGAGAGAAAUACUGUUUAUGAAAUAUUAUCACAACAAACACCGUUAAAACGACAAUGUCGAUCGCAAUUAUCACAGCAUCAUCUUCAUUGUCUGUUUAUACCCACACCAAUUUCUAUCAAUAAUACAGCAACACGUGUUUCACAACAUCAUCCAUUACAUCCCCUAACAAAUAUGUCUUAUUCUUCAACUCCAGUACAAAACUCGUCCUCAUCUCGUAUACCAUCGGUAAAUACCAAUGAUGAUCAAAAUGUUCAUCCAUUAGAGAUUGAUAAUCGACCAUUUCAAAGGUUAUUAUUUUCUCCUCCGUCAACAAAAAAACGAAAAACAUAUCGCUAUGAGUAUUUGAAAUAUCUUCAUGGUCCAACAAUUCCAAAACGUUGUCCGAUUUGUUCUUAUAUAUCUGUUGUAGAUGUUAAUGAUCAACAUGGUAUUUGUUCAAAUCCAACGUGUCAAAAUAAUUUUUGUUAUCGUUGUUCCGGACCCUAUCAUCCAUUGAGUCCGUGUAAAAUAAAAACUGGUCCAAUUAUGUCACCAUUAAAAAAACGACAACCAAUAUCACCCAUAUUUUCAAAUAAAACACGUACAAAUUUAAAACGUUUAGCAUUGAAAUAA